AAGGGGCGGGAGCGGCACAUGGCGGGCUGAGGGCAGCGCCGGCCGGGGCGGAGGGAUUUAGAUGUCUCAAUGGAUACGUGGAGCUACUUCUGUACUUGCCUGGCGUCCAUAUGGCUGCACAGAUUUUACAUCUACUCUGCUGUUGCUUUGGGGAUCAGCCUUUGGAUUGUCAUUCAGUUCACCACCACCAAAACCAAAAAGAAGGGUGAAAAAUCCAGUGGGAAUCCCUCUUCCUCCAAAGGAACAGAAGACAAGCUGGUAAAUGGAUGUGCCACCCCUCAGGCAGAGGAGGUGUAUGUAGCUGGAGUAAAGAUCUUCUAUGGCUCUCAGACUGGCACAGCAAAGAGAUUUGCCAAAGCUCUGGCUGAAGCUGUUACUUCCCUUAAUUUGCCUGUGGAAGUCAUUAACAUGGGAGACUAUGACCCAGAUGAUUGUUUAGCAGAGGAGACAACCAGCAGGAACAUCUGUGUGUUCCUGGUGGCCACGUACACGGAUGGGCAGCCCACGGAGAGCGCGGCCUGGUUCUGCAGGUGGUUGGAAGAGGCAGCCAACGAUUUCCGUGUUGGGAAAACCCACCUGAAGGGGCUCAGAUACGCCGUGUUUGGCCUGGGGAACUCGGUGUAUGUGGAUCAUUACAACACAGUUGGCAGGAGGAUGGACAGGUGGCUGUGGAUGCUCGGUGCCAGCCGUGUGAUGACCCGCGCCGAGGGCGACUGCAACGUGGCGCGGAGCAGGCACGGCAGCAUCGAGGGCGACUUCGAGGCCUGGAAAGCCAAAUUCCUCACUCGGCUCCAGGCCCUCUGCAGAGGGGAGAAGAAGCCCUGCAGUGGGAAGUGCAAGAAAGGGAAAUGUAAAUCUCCAGGGAAGCAGAGCAAGGAGAGCUCGGAUCAUGAACGCGGGGCAUCGGAGCACGAGAAUACUGAGGCAGAGGAAUUGUUUGAAACCAGUAGUGAGGAGGAAGCUGAUGCUGAGGAAGCUGGAGGCACCAAUUCUAUCAUUGAUGUUGAAGAUCUUGGCAAUAUCAUGGGCCACAUGAAGAAAGCAAAGAGAGAACAUGAGCUCCAGGAAGGAGAUGUUGGAAGGAGAGAGAACCCUGGGAGGAAGGAGGAGGAGAAGAGGGAGAUGAUAACGCCGGCCCUGAGGGACGCGCUCACGAAACAAGGUUACAAACUCAUUGGGAGCCAUUCCGGGGUGAAGCUCUGCCGGUGGACAAAGUCGAUGCUCCGGGGCCGAGGGGGCUGCUACAAACACACCUUCUAUGGGAUCGAGAGCCACCGCUGCAUGGAGGCCACCCCCAGCCUGGCCUGUGCCAACAAGUGUGUCUUCUGCUGGAGACACCACACGAACCCCGUGGGCACAGAGUGGCGCUGGAAGAUGGACCAGCCAGAGCUGAUCCUGCAGGAGGCCAUUGAGAACCAUCAGAACAUGAUCAAGCAGUUCAGAGGUGUGUCAGGCGUGAAGGCAGCUCGCUUUGAGGAGGCCCUGGCAGUGAAACACUGUGCUCUGUCCCUGGUGGGGGAGCCCAUCAUGUACCCCCAGAUCAACCGCUUCGUGAGGCUCCUGCACCAGCACAGCAUCUCCAGCUUCCUGGUGACCAAUGCACAGUUCCCAGAGGAGAUCAGGAGCCUGGAGCCAGUGACCCAGCUGUAUGUCAGUGUGGAUGCCAGCACCAGGGAGAGCCUGAGGAGAAUCGACAGACCCCUCUUCAAGGACUUCUGGCAGAGGUUUCUGGACAGUUUAAAGGCCUUGGCUGAAAAGGAACAGCGCACGGUUUACAGGCUGACCCUGGUGAAAGCUUGGAAUGUGGAUGAACUCAAAGCUUAUGCUGAGCUGAUAUCCCUUGGAAAACCAGACUUCAUCGAGGUCAAGGGUGUGACCUACUGUGGAGAAAGCUCUGCCAGCAGCCUCACCAUGGCCAACGUGCCCUGGCACGAGGAGGUGGUGGGGUUUGUGCAGGACCUGGCCGAGCUCCUGCCGACUACGAGAUCGCCUCGCGAGCACGAGCACUCAAACUGCCUGCUGCUGGCCCACACCAAGUUCAAGGUGGAUGGCGAGUGGUUCACCUGGAUCGACUACGAGCGCUUCCAGGAGCUGGUGCGGGAGCGCGAGCGGAGUGGCGGCGCCAGGACCUUCACCGCGGCCGAUUACACGGCCAGGACUCCUCCCUGGGCUCUCUUUGGGGCCAGGGAGCGGGGAUUUGACCCCCUGGAUGUCAGAUUCCAGCGGAGGAGCAAGGCCCGGGACAUCUCUGGCUGCUGAGCUUUGGGGCUCCAUUUCCGGCCGACGCGGAUUUCGGAUCUUCCCGUCGACGUUACCCCGCGUUUGCUGUUGAGCGGGAGGGUCAAGCCUUGAGUUCACCCUUCCCUCCCGGUUUUAGGGCUUCCUGGAUGAAAAUAUUUAUAACAUUCUCUCUCCCAAAUCAGAAAUGGUUCAUGGCAGUGGUUUCUCAGCAGCCUGGUGGGGAGGCAGGGCCAUGGUCGUGUUUGGAGUUGGAUGUGGUUUGGAGUUGGAUAUGGAGCAGGAGCAUUCCUUGGAUUCCAGUGCCCUCUGUGAGGAAGCCUGGCACAUCUGGCCCCAGCUUGGCAGCAAAACGUUCCACAUCCACGAGGAAAAGUACCACAGGGAUUUCAACCCCGAGCUUGUUGGAUCAGGGCAGGUGGGACCUGGAUCAAAGAACCUGAUCCCUGCUGGGAAUUAUUUGGACUUAGUUCAGGUUUAUGUAUUUAAUUCCUGUAAAAACCUCAUCUCAUCCAAGAAACUUGGGAAUAGUGUGAGUAACAGCCCCCCUAUUGAUACCAGCUGUGACCUCUGAUACCUCUCCAAGUAUCUUCCAACUUCCUGGUUUUGGGAAUGGAUGUUUCUGAGCAGUGUUAUCCCACUCCCAGCAGCCCUGAACAACGUGUACAAUCCCUCAAAGCCCUGGCUGUGUGUGCCCAGUGCCCAUGGGAGCUGGACAUCAGAGAUGGAACUCCCCCUCUCCCCUGGGAAGCUCCACAGCCUCACUGCUGCUCUGGAUGGGGAGAACGGGGUGGAGAAGGAAACUGGACCCAGUCGAGGUCUCUGGAGUCAAGAAACCAACUCCUCUCCUUUGGAGAGGUGACAUCCAGGCACAAGGUCAGGGGUUGCUCUGGGAUACCCUGGGCACUCUGGAGGUGCUGGAGCCUGGCUGGAAAAUGGCUUUUAAAUAAGGAGGGAAUUCCCUUUCCCUCUUUGCUGCAUCCCCAAGGGUUGGAGGCUCUGUGUGCAAACCCCCUGGCACAUUCCCGGGCCUUCAGUUCCCAGAUGGCUGAACCAGGCAAAGCUCUGCCCCUUCCCAAGUGGCUCCCACCCCUCUUCCAUGGCUCCCACCCGUGGGCAGCCCCUCCUCCCUCAGGGCUCCAGGUCCUCCCUGGUGCUGCUCCAGCCAAACCCUUCCUAGGAAUGGAUGGAACCAGCAGCAGGAACAGCUUUAAUUCACACCCAGGGCUGGAGGUGGGACCACACCUCAAUCCUGCUCAGGGGGGUUUGUUUCCCUGUGGAACUCCAGCAGCUUGGAUCAAAGGUGCUCCCAGCACUCCCACCCUAAACCUUCUCAUCCCAUGGAGCUGUGGAUGCUGAGAGUCCCUGGGAUGGUGAUUUUCUUUCUUUUUUAAAAGCAAGCCCGUUUCUUAGGCUGUAAAAAGUGUUUCUAAAG